AUGGAGGAGGACAAAGAUGGGCCGACCCCACCUUGCCGGAAUAUCCACCUCCGCCCCGGCCGGCCGCCGCCGCCGCCGCCGCCGAUUAUUCCCCAAGUCCCCGAGACCCGGCUCGGAUUCUUGGACAUGUUGGGCGGCUCAUCGUCUUCCGUUUUCGAAGACCUUCUCCGGAACAUCACGGCCGGAGGACCCACGAUGGCCGAUGACGCGGCGCCGCCGCCGCCGGAAUAUUCUGACGUGGCGAAUGCUCCGGCCACUGCCGUCUCGUCGUGUUCUGCUUCAUCCUCUUCGACCGAGGGCAAGAAGAAGAACGAAGCCGAAGAUGAAGAAGGAGAUGAAGGGCCCUGUAAGGAAAAGACUAAAAAACAGAGCUACUAUCGUUGUACAAGCACAUCAUGUGGAGUCAAAAAACGAGUCGAGAGGUCGUCCGAGGAUCCAUCGAUAGUCGUCACCACUUACGAGGGCACGCACACUCACCCGUGUCCCGUCGCGCCACGUGGCGCCUUCGGUUUUUCCAUUCCCGAGCCUCGUUUUUCGGACCCGACCCUAAACUUCAACCCUUUCCGUUUCCACCAAACGACGCAGCCUAACAACGACAUUUUCCGACAACCCUAUUUUCAUAAUAAUUAUAUUAAUAACCCUAAUAAUAAUAAUAAUAAUCCGGCGGGGUUUUCGCCUCUGUUCUCGGCGGCGGAAAGACCGUUUCGCCCCUCGGCCUCCUCCUCGUCUGCUGCUUCGACUCAGCCGAGGGAUCAUGGGCUUCUUCAGGAUAUGCUGCCAUCUCAGAUGUUGAAGGGUCCAAAUAAGGAGGAUUUUAGUUAGUUAGUUAGGGAUUUUUAUUAGUUAUAAAUUAAAUUUGAUUGAUUGGUUAAUUAAGGAGUUUAUUAUUAAGUGCUUGAUUAGAAUUAAAAUUUUGAUAGUUGAUAAUUAGUUGUUUUUGUGNUGUGACAGAGGUUGAUAAUGUUACAUAUAUAUAUAUUUGUGUAUAUAUUAUCUUUUACAUA